UAUUCAUGGGUCUGUAUGACUGAAGGCCACAUGUAUGUGAAUGUCUCGGAGGCCAGAUGAAUGUGUUAGUCCCCUGGAGCUGGAGUUAACAGGCAGUUGUGGCCACCCGAUGCGGGUACUGGGAUCCAGAUGCUGGCCUCAGGAAGAACAGCAAGUGAGCUGAGACAUUGCUCCUCGUCCUUUCCCUCCGCUCCUAAGAGUUUCAGUUGACCCUGCUAUCCUUACGCCACUGCGCCUUUGGGCUUCCUGCCCCUGGGCCUCUCUGGCCUCCUCACAGUGAGAUGUUAUCCACAUUGGCCUCCAGCACAGUGCCUGGUGGCCUUGGAGGUAGCAUGCUGGCACAUUUGGGUUUGUUGUAUUGUCCCUCAGCCAAGAACUGAUGAUCAGGUGGCAGAACAAAGUUUGAAGCCAAGAUCAGCUAACUAAAAAUAGUUACAUCAGGUGGUGUGGGCAGCCCUGAGGCCUGAAGGGGGGGAGCGAAACAGGACUGAAGAGGUUCGGUGUCUCCUCCAGGCUGACUUCUUGUCUCCUCCCUUCCCAUCCCCCACCUCCAGAUUCCCACAGGCAGCCUCACAUUACAGAACCGCGCUUAGCUAUUGAGAAGAUGGUGGACCACUUGGCAAACACGGAGAUCAACAGCCAGCGGAUUGCAGCAGUGGAGAGCUGUUUUGGGGCAUCGGGGCAACCGCUGGCCCUGCCCGGCCGUGUGCUCCUAGGCGAGGGGGUACUGACCAAGGAGUGCCGCAAGAAGGCCAAGCCACGCAUCUUCUUUCUUUUCAACGACAUCCUGGUGUAUGGCAGUAUUGUGCUUAGCAAGCGCAAGUACCGCAGCCAGCAUAUUAUUCCCCUAGAAGAGGUAACAUUGGAGCCACUGCCCGAGACCCUGCAGGCCAAGAACCGAUGGAUGAUCAAGACAGCCAAGAAGUCCUUUGUGGUGUCGGCAGCCUCCACCACGGAGCGCCAGGAAUGGAUAAGCCACAUCGAAGAGUGUGUGCGGAGGCAGCUACUGGCCACAGGCCGCCAGCCCACCACGGAGCACGCAGCUCCCUGGAUCCCGGACAAGGCCACGGACAUUUGCAUGCGCUGCACGCAGACGCGCUUCUCCGCACUCACCCGGCGUCACCACUGCCGCAAAUGCGGGUUUGUGGUCUGUGCUGAGUGUUCCAGGGAGCGUUUCCUGUUGCCACGUCUCUCUCCCAAGCCCCUUCGCGUCUGCAGCCUGUGCUACCGAGAGCUGGCCGCCCAGAAGCUGAGGGAGGAGGCCAGGGAGGGGAUCGGAGGCUCUCCACCGCAGCUGUCCCACCUAGGCGGCACUGUCUGUGGUGCAUCCAGUGGCGAUGACGAUGACUCCGAUGAGGACAGAGAGGGCAAUGGAGAUGGUGACUGGCCCACCCAGGUGGAGUUCUAUGCUUCUGGUGUCUCCUGGUCAGCCUUCCAUAGUUGACCUUUACCUGCAGAGUGUUUGUAUCAAGUCAGUCCUCUGCCGGAGACCCUUGCCCAUGGCAGUGGGCGUGUGACAGGUGGCUGUUCCAGAGCCAUUACUAGUGCCUUUCUACUAGACUGUAGCCUCCUGGGCCCUCUUCUAAGUCUUUUUCAGAUAAUUUCCUUUCCAUUUCACAUGCAGUCCUUGGUGACCAGGCUAUAGCUGCAACCCUUGGAACUUGACCAGGCCAGGUGCCCCACGCAUUAAGGGUUAAAGAGGGCAAAGGGAAGCUUGGGUUUCAGAGUCCAUUCCCACCUUCAACCAUGAACAGGUACAGCCCAUGGAAGAGCCUGAGACUUGCACAUCUACCAUGCAGAUAUCACCACCUGGCAACCGGGUCCUUCCAAACUGGACGCCAGAUGUACGGUGUGCGCCCUUCAGGCCCAGGUGACCUACAGCCUGAGCUCUCUGAGCUCAAGCCAGCCCAUCAAGCCCUCUGCCCUGUCACUACCAAGGUGCCUGGUGCCCAUUUGGCUUGUCCCCAUCUCUGUCUGCGGUUAAUAGAAUCAGUGUUUUCUCGUUAGGACUCUAGGGUCAGGGAGAAAAGCCCUAUCCAAACUGAUUUACCAAUAAACAAGAAUAAAGUACCAA